AUGAACUGUAAGUGCCUUCGCUGGGCGUUCCGGCUGAGUUGCUGGGAGCCAAGUUUCGCCGAAUGGAAAUGCACGUUGCAGAGCAUACAGAAGGAUGCACUGGCCGCUGCCGCCGGCAGACUUCUCCUCAGGCAGGCACUGCGGAGAUGCCUCAACAUCAACUGGGAAAAUGUGAUUUUGGAAAGAACGGAAAAGGGCAAGCCGGUGUUGGCGGUGGACAGCGGUGCGUGCGACAUCAGCUUCAACAUUUCGCAUCACGGCGACUUCGUAGUGCUGGCGACCAGUACUAGCUGCAGCUGUGGCAUCGACGUGAUGAACGUAGAUUUGCCUCGUAAGCGAAGUUUAAGCGUGGAUUCGUACUUGAAGCUAAUGAGACGGCAGUUUUCCGCGCGCGAAUGGGAGGUGCUUGCGCGUUUGGACGGUGACUGUAUGAAAAUGUGGCAGUUUUACCGUUACUGGUGUCUCAAAGAAAGCUACAUUAAAGCGCUUGGCGUCGGAAUUCACAGCAAAUUGUCAAUGAUCGAUUUCGCGACUUCUUCCAAAUCGCUGGCCAUGGAUAACGCGGUGACGGAUACUCGACUGUGGUUAGAUGGCAUUUUGAACAGCGAAUGGUUUUUCGAAGAAAGUUUGCUGGACUCUAGCCACAUCGUUACUGUGUGUACGAGUGUAUGUGCACAACUUUGGUCUGUUCACAUUUUUUUAAUAUUUACCGCAGUAACUUUUUGUUGUGCUGUGAUCACCUUUUCGUGA